GAAAAUGGGUUUUUGGACUUAAAGAUCCCAUUGGAUCAAUUUAAAUCACUAAAAGCAUCCCCAUGGUCGAAUCUAUCUUAUAAACAAAGACCAAAAUCGACAACUAGUCAGACAUUUCUUGAUAUGAAAUUCGUUCGAUUAACAGCAGGCAGUGGUGGAAAUGGAGCGAUAUCAUUUUUUAGAGAUGCUGGUAGACCUAAUGGACCUCCUGAUGGUGGAAAUGGUGGAAAUGGUGGAAACAUCUAUGUUCAAGCCAUUGAAAGUUUGAAUUCAUUGCAUCAUUUAAAGAGUACAUAUGCUGCAAAAUCUGGAGUUUCGGGAUCAAAACAUCAAUUGGAUGGAGCUAAUGGAGAAGAUAUUAUUAUUACAGUACCUGUUGGUACGAUUAUAAGAUGGAUACCUGAUAUUAAAGAAGUUAAAAAAUUACAAAAGGAAGGAGCUAGCACUGAAUAUUUUAAUAUAAAGGGAUUUGGGGAGGUUGAUGGUGAUUUUAAUCCAAAAUAUGUACAACUUUUCAGGGAUUCAUAUGAAAUCGGAAAAGGAUGGCUAUAUAAAGAAUAUGAUGAAGAAUAUUAUCAAGAUAAAGAUUAUUUCACAGAAUUGAAUAAAAAAGUUCAAAAAUAUGAUAAAGCCACAUAUACAGAGGAAUUAAAUAAUGAUAUUUUUCCAAUUGCAGGACUAGAUUUAAAUCAACCAUCGAAAAAACCAUUAUUGUUGCUAAAGGGAGGUAAAGGAGGAUUGGGUAACAUUCAUUUUUUAACCAACUUGAUAAGAAACCCUAGAUUUUGCAAAGAAGGAAGAGCAGGUCUUUCACAAUGUUUUGUGUUUGAAUUGAAGCUAUUAGCAGAUUUAGGGUUAGUUGGGUUACCGAAUGCAGGAAAAUCAACACUACUAAGAGCGAUAUCAAAUGCAAGACCUAAAGUUGGAGCUUGGGCAUUUACUACACUAGAGCCAACAGUUGGAACUAUAUCAUUGGGAAUUGAUAAGCCAUCAUUUACUGUUGCUGAUAUUCCCGGUAUAAUAGAAGGAGCGUCCACAGAAGGAAAAGGGUUGGGCUUGGAGUUUUUAAGACAUGUGGAAAGAUCAUCAGGAUUGGCAUUUGUGAUUUCAUUAGGUUCUGUUGACCCAAUUUCUGAUUUAACGUUGUUGAUCAAAGAAUUGGGGCCCAAGAGAAUGAAUAAUAAAAGAGUGUUGGUUGUUGCAACCAAAGCAGACUUGAAGGACUCUCAAAACAAAUUUGUUCAGUUGAAGAGGUUUGUUGAUGACAAUGGCUGGAAAGUGGUGCCCUGCUGUGCGAAAAAUAAUGAAAACGUCGAGAAAGUAAUCCAGCUUAUGGGCGAGUGUGCCGACAAACUCUAG